AUGACUCAGUUCCAAGAGCAACUGCACCGCCACCAAUAUAGCGAUGGUGAUAACAGGAGAUACGACAUUUCUGAAAAGCACCAGGAAAUCGGAAUAGAUAGACCGGCCUAUGAAGGUGCGGAUAACGACGAUAGCAGAAGUGAUUCGCCAGAACAUGAGCUUGUUAUCAACCUGGGCCGAAGUACUCAACGUGACUGGCUGCAAGAGGAGAGAGACCUAGACGACUCCAUUAUCCAAGGGCGGCAAUAUGACGAUGACACGAUUCGCCUCCAGAAGAGAGUGUGGAACCUCUGGUGCCGAUUCUGCGCGGAAACUAGGCGUGAUGCACUGGAAUUGCUAAGAGCUGAUCCACCAAGCUUAAAAACACUAUAUACCUUCUUUGACUACACAGUUACCACUCGUCGUCGGUAUAUCAAGGCGGCAUCAACCUUGCAGACGUACUGGAACAUUUGGACGCAACUCAGAAGAGAGAAGACGGGUCUGACAAUUCCCUCGCAGGUCAAAAAUGGAAUGGUUGGGGUCCGAGAUCAACUAACGAAGAAGCAUAAACUUCGGACAGAAUCAAAAGAAAAGCCCAUACUGCGAUCCGAAGAUGUUUUCGAAUUACUGAAGGUGCUGUGGACAACCGGAACCGAACCAUGGGACCCAGUACAGCUUGCUCUGAUUAUUCUUCUGGCCGGAAUAACUGGACAACGACCCGGGGCACUAGUGUCUUUAAAGCAUGCCGACGUAGCGAUUACCUUAUUUCCUACCGGCCGAGACAGACCUCACAUGGUUCUGGAAGUAAAACCGCGCAACACUAAAGGAUAUAGGGGUAAAAAGAAGCCAUGGUAUGUUCCUAAUUGCUGUACAAAGUGCUCAAACAUCCAGUUUAACAGAUACAGCCUGGAAAUAGGUAUUCCUGAAGUCCCAAGUGAGCCUUGUUUGCUGUUCUGUCCCAAGACAUUGUUUCUCGGGCUAUUGAUGCGCAAGUCUGCCUUUCGACAUCUCCAUAUCAGUUCUGACAGGCAGUUGUAUGCGUUACAAGUGUCUGAAUGUGCUGGUUCGCUCACCCUUCGCCCGGCUGACCCUGAUGCAUAUCUUUUCGAUAUCUCCGCCAGGACCCUAAACAGUUGGCUCAGGAGACUCGGCGAAAUUACCGGGUUCAACCUCCCUAUCACUCCCUACUGGCUGCGGCGGGGCGCAGGGGAAGCGGCCAAUAGCAGCUGCGAAAUUAGUGAGGCUCAACAGAACCUUCUACUGCAACAUGCAUCUGGAUCGGUAUAUCAGAAGAAUUACCGACCUGACUAUCUACCGGUAGACUUUAAUGCCGCCUGGAGACAACUCAAGCCACAGGUCAUGAUCAUUCGAAUGGCCAGUGGCCAAAGUCGAUCGAUAGACCGGCGACGGCCCAUUGACCUUAGCAGAGCGGAGGAAAUCGAAGCUAGAGCCAAUCUCUUAGUAAGACGUCGCUUGAAACGCUGGCUCAAAUACAAGCAGAAAAUUCAGCGGAAGCACGGAACACUUGCAAGCGCUGCAGGAACACCCCUGUAUGCUGAAGCAAUGAAACAAAGAACGAGGUAUUAUACCGCACUUCAGGCAUCUCGUCGCGAGAUGAAGGAGAAAAUGCGGUCCCGGUUUAACGAGGAGCAACCGGUUCAGGAUGUAAUUCGGCAAGUUCAUGGCCUUCCGUUGGAAACAUACAACGUGUGUGACGAUGUUGCCCUCUCCCAGGAGAGACAGAAAGCGAUUGUUAUUCUUUUCCGUUUCGCGCCAACUUCGGAACAAGACGAAACAAACUGUAGAAUUGCAGCUGUGGAUGCAGUGUCACAGAUUGGUCCUAGCCUUACGUCACGUCUGAGGGCUAUCCAUUCGAGUGAGGGGCUUCCAGGGUGGACUGCAGCAGGCCUAGGUAACAAGUGUGUUACCAUACGACCACUGGAGUGUCUUCUUUGCUCAAUAUACGGCGUGCGAGAAAAGCCGUUCAAAUCCGACUUCAGCUUUAAACGCCACAUUAGGCGAGUACACUACGCGUGUACUCGAUGCCCCGACCCUGCUUGCCAUGAACCAUUAAAUGAAUGGUGGGAAAUUGCAAAUCAUAUGCGAUUUUAUCACAUGUCUCCCUGA